CGCGGUAAUGUAGAGGUCACCGUACGCGUGUGGAGGCACCGCCAUGUCCUGGAUUUUCGGGUUAAACAAGGGAUCGCCGCCGGCCAGUGGUGAUCAUGCGGUACCUGGAGCGCCGGCAGGCCCACCCCCACCGCCACUCCCUCCCGGGGCUGGCAACGACGGGUCCGACCGGCAGAAGGACAAAUGGAGCAACUUCGACCCGACCGGCCUGGAGCGUGCGGCCAAAGCUGCCCGAGAACUGGACUCAUCCCACCACGCCAAGGAUGCACUCAAUCUCUCUCGGUUACAGGAGCAAACGAUCCAGCUGGAGCAUCAAAGCCGCAUCAAGGAGUACGAAGCUGCUGUGGAGCAACUCCGAUCCGAUCAGAUCAAAGUCCAAGCAGAAGAAAAGCGGAAGACACUUGCUGAAGAAACCAGGCAGCACCAGGCACGAGCACAGUACCAGGACAAACUAGCGAGGCAACGAUACGAUGACCAACUCCGUCAGCAGCAACUGUUGAAUGAAGAGAACUUGAGGAAACAAGAGGAAUCUGUUCAUAAACAGGAAUCUAUGCGCCGAGCUACGAUUGAGCAUGAGAUGGAGCUUCGGCACAAGAAUGAGAUGCUACGUAUCGAAGCUGAAGCCAAGGCCCGUGCUAAGGUGGAACGGGAGAAUGCCGACCUAAUCCGAGAGCAGAUCAGACUGAAAGCGGCUGAGCACCGUCAGACUGUCCUGGAUUCCAUCAAGACAGCUGGGGCAGUGUUUGGAGAAGGAUUCCGUGCCUUCGUUUCUGACUGGGACAAAGUGACGGCCACAGUGGCUGGACUGACGCUGCUGGCUGUAGGUGUUUACUCAGCUAGGAAUGCUACAGGAGUUGCCGGGCGGUACAUUGAGGCUCGGCUGGGAAAGCCCUCCUUGGUUCGCGACACCUCCCGCAUUACGUUAGUGGAAGCGCUGAAACAUCCGAUCAAGGUUGGUAAACGUUUGAUGAGCAAGCCACAGGAUGCACUGGAAGGAGUAGUGCUGAGUCCAAGCUUAGAGGAACGUGUUAGAGAUAUUGCCAUAGCAACCAGAAACACCAAGAGUAACAAGGGACUAUACCGAAAUAUCCUCAUGUAUGGACCUCCGGGUACAGGGAAGACCCUUUUUGCUAAGAAACUAGCUGUACAUUCUGGCAUGGAUUAUGCUAUCAUGACGGGUGGUGAUGUGGCUCCCAUGGGACGAGAAGGUGUCACGGCCAUGCACAAAGUCUUUGACUGGGCAGCUACCAGCCGGAGAGGGCUUCUGCUGUUUGUGGAUGAGGCAGAUGCGUUCCUUCGAAAGAGAGCAACGGAAAAAAUCAGUGAAGAUCUGAGAGCAACUUUAAAUGCAUUCCUGUACCGAACUGGGGAGCAAAGUAACAAGUAGGUAUUGAUUUUAAUAUCCAGAGAUGCUGAGAAUACAUUGGCGAGAAAUAAGCAGCAAGACAACUUGGAAGUGUUUUUGUUCACUGUGGCUUCAAGCAAUCAGCCUUGGAAAUGCCAGAAGCAGCGUGAAAUUAUUUCGCUACUUCAAGCUGGGAGCCACAAAGGGUGUCAAACACUGCAAGGAGAAGACAGGAAAAUUGGGAUUGAGAGGGAUAAUAAAUCAGCCAUGAUUGGAUGGUGGAGCAAACGUGAUGGGCCAAAUGUCCUAAUUCUGUUAUUCACAGCACCCAGUCACCAUCUAACUCUACUUCACAGGCGCCUGAAAGUGGCCCAGUUUGACUAUAGCAAGAAAUGCUCAGAACUUGCGUUGCUUACUGAAGGGAUGUCGGGUAGAGAGAUCUCCAAGCUGGGAGUGGCCUGGCAGGCUGCAGCAUAUGCCUCAGAGGAUGGUGUCCUGACUGAAGCGAUGAUUGAUUCCAGGGUGACCGAUGCAAUUCGCCAACACAAGCAGAAGAUGGAGUGGUUGAAGAAUGAGGGCGGGGAGAAAUCGCAAGGCAAGCAGCACCCACCGGAGGGUACACCAGUAUGAGUGUUUGGUGCCGGGUUCUGCACCAGGAAUCCCUGAAUUCAACUGCUGAGCAUCAACGCAAAACCUGCAUCAGUUUACACUGUCCAGUCCCAAAGGUUAUUCAUGCCCGGUGCUUGAGCAGUCAGUUCCUGACCUGUUCAGCCUGCACCGUGCAGACGUUUCAGCUGCUUGUCUGGGAACCUGAGGACAUGGCAUGUUGGAGAAGAAAACAAAAGGGCGAUGCUGUGUGUCGAUCUGUUUCAGCAGCGUUCCAUGUCAUCAUACAGCUCCUCACGGCUGCUAUUUGCAGUGGACUCUGGGCUGGGACGAGACUGGGAAGGUGAAAUCUGCCACUGGAAGACGUUUUGCAUUGAUGUGAGUUCUAUUCCUGGGUUCCUUCUUUCAAAAUGUUGAUCACUCUAAUUUUCAAUUAGAAUCAUCGUGCUCAAGACCGAAUUCCUUUGACUGCCUACCUCAGAUGCAUUUCGUGAAAUGAACAGUUUCAGUAACUUUCCAGUAAAAGUUCACACCGAUCAUGGGGAUUCACAUUGUACAACAGUCCAUUAGUGGUAAGAUUGGGAAAUCUUUGGUUUAGGUGAGUUUUACUCUGAGGAGGAGAAAUUAAACCUAUUAUAAAACAGUUAUUGAACUUUGUAAGUAAACCAGAACUGAUGACUUCUUCCAAGCAGAUUCUAACUUAUCAUUGUAAUGCCAUAUAGAGGCAUGUUGACUGACACAACCCACUGGAAUAAAGUGAGACUGCUGGCCAGAUCCUGUUUGUUUUGCAAUCAUGUUCAUCCCUUUAGUAACCAUAUGAUUCUUGAAUUCCUACUGAUGACUUUAUUAGGUCAGAAUACCAGCUUCCUUAUUUAAUCCUUUCCAUUAACUUCUAAAUAUGAAUAUUUAAAAGAACUUAGAUUAUUUUAAUCUAUUAAAUUUGUUUAAAUUAAACAUUUAAUUUUUCCCUUUUCAGUUUGGAAUAAUUUUGCAGACAAUUUUUUUUUUAGCUGGAGGUGAAUUAUUUGCAGGCAGACUGUUUUGUUCUAGAAAUAGAGAAUAUUACUCUUAACUCAGAGGGUUAAAAUACUGUCAUAUACUGCAGUUCUAUGCCAACUUGGCUGCUGUCUACAUUGGACCAAAGCCAAUGUUUAAUUAAAAUAUUAACUUCGAACUAUCCAAAAACAGUGAAAAUUCCUCCUCCUGCCCCCACCAUUCCUGCCUUUUUCCUUCAAUCCUACACCCUCUGAAGUUGCCACCCUUAAUAGUUAAUGCUGAGAUCUAUUGGUCUGUAGUGAGAAUAUAUUCUAAUGUGAAACUGGUAUAAAGUUAAAUGAAAAAGGUAAAAAAAACCAUGCACUGCAUUUCAGAGCAAAGAAACAGUUGGCCUUCUGUCUUUCUUGCUGAUGGUGAAAGAUUUGAGUCAGCUGUUGAUCUCCAACCUAGAGGACCUCCAAAGGUUUCUGCCCAGAACAAAGAACUGAGGGAAGAAAUGCCUUAUGAUGUGUUCAGCGUUAGUAAAACAAAAGGAUUUGUUUCUAAAAGGCCAUAAUGAGCUUCCUCCUGGUGCACUGUUGCCUAUGGAUCUUGUCCAGGGUUCGGUCCCAUAGAGUGUGGGGAGGGUUAGUUACGAAUUCAGCUGUGAAAACGCUAAGGCGAUAGUUUGUGGUUUCCUAAAUCCAACAGUUUCAUCCUGUUUAAACCGAUGACUACAUAUGGUUAUUUGUUGAUGUUGAGCUAGGUGAAAGACUAGUUUUCGAUUUGGCACGCUUACCCUGUAAAAUGUGGUUAUGUGCCUCAAUUUUAAAGCUUGGCCUCCAAAGAAAGAAGUGCCCAUGUGAUCAAAGUAAUACUUAGUGACCCCAAUGUUCUGUCCUUCACAAUGGUGCUGAACUGCCACUAAGAACUCUAAACUCUGUGGGAAAUGAAAGUACAGUGAUACUACUGAAUCAUGUUUGGGCAAGAUGGUAGUGAGGUUUCUGGUCUGUAGCAUAUAUUCUAAAUGUUCUGUUAAUCGUCGAAGCAAUCCUGGUAAUCUUACAGUGGGAGACCCUGUAUUUCCUUUUAUAAGUUGGAACUGAUUCAGUCUUUGUUUUUUAAAACAUCAUCACUAUAUUCCAACAUGGAAUGAUUUCAGUUUGAUAAAUCCUUUUUUAUUGGAUUAAACAUGUAAAUCCUGUUCAUCUAAUAAAAUGAGAUUACAAUAUG